CUAACCAUCAAUGAUCAGAUCAGUUUGUCUUCUGUCGUUCUGGAAACUUGGAUAUUUAAUUUUAUGUGUUGAUUUUUGUUUGUAUACGUCAAUAUUUGAUCCGCCCAUGAGAAGUUUGAUCUGUAAAAAAUCGGGAAAUGCAUUCAAAGUAUAUUGGAGAUGAAAUUGCUUUUGAACACGUUAUAAGUGUUGGUAACUCAAAACAAUUCAACAGGAAUUGCAGGAGAGACGCAUCGAAUGAUGAGGGUGAACUUGAAGACGUCGCUUGUGAUGGUGUGCGUGCUGGUGAUGCUAGUGACGCUGUCCAUCUGGACGCGCUGCGGCGGCACGCUAUCUUCUCUCACAGGCCGGCACCAUCAGUUGGCCAAAGCCAAUCUUAUGCGGAACGGUGAGCGAACAGUGGGUGAUACCACAGGUAGCUUUGAAGAGCUUGACUGCAGCAUCAAUGGGGAAUACACGGUUGGUUGUAGGAGAGAAGGCGAGGAGGUUUACCUUCCUUUCUCAUUUCUCCAUAAAUAUUUUGAGGUGUAUGGCAAACUUGCCAGCUACGAUGGCUAUGAACGAUUUGAAUGGUCUCACUCGUAUGCAAACGUCUACUACCCGAAAGCCAAGUAUGAUCCACGUGGAGUAUACAUGUAUUUUGAAAACUAUAAUGUAGAAGUCCGAGAUCGAGUGAAGUGUGUCAGUGCAUCAGAAGGUGUUCCGGUGUCGAUACAAUGGGAAAGCCAGGGCUACUACUACCCAACACAGAUCGCACAGUUUGGUUUGUCUCACUACAGCAAAAACCUGACCGAGCCUGAGCCUCGUCGUAAAGUGCUUGAAGACGGAUCAAGCGAAAAGUCAUCUUGGAUUGUUCCUGUUGGCGCUUCCUUGGCAAGAACUUAUGAUGCCGAAAUAUAUUCUCAUGUUCUACAUUUUCAAACAGCAGGUAAAGGAAUACAGCUGAAACUUGAUCACGUGCUCGACUUUGUUCUUAGCGUUCAAAUGCAGCUCUCAGUGGUAGACAACAGCUCACUCACUGUUGUAGUCCAGCACAGAGAGAAAAAGGAAUUCUGGAACCUCCACUACACUUGCUCCAACCAAUUAAUUCAUGCCAAGGAUGAAGAUGUGUACCAUGGCAUGAAUUGUGGUGAGAAAGUGCAGUGGCGUUCGCUGACCAGAGAUCUGUUUGUGGAUCUGCAGAAAGGACUUGUGCUUCAGAACAAGGAGAAACGCAAAAUUUCACGCUCAAAAUUCAAGAUAUCUGCUAUCACGCUUACUGGCUCUGGUCAAUUAGACAAUCUCACCCUUUCGACUAGUGAACACCUGGCUCAUUUCUAUGCAGCCGCUCGCUGGUUCGUUUCUAACCAAGACGCCAAAACUGGAGGAUGGGCCAACACCGUGAAGAGGCGAGGUGCUCCUGGAAUGCUUGAUUUGUUGCCCGGAUGGUACUCGGCGAUGGGUCAAGGACAUGGAAUAAGUGUGCUGGCUCGAGCUUACCAUCUUUCUGGUGACAAAACCUACUUGGAUGCGGCUGUCCAGGCGCUACACCCUUUCAAAGUGCUCAGAUUGAAAGUGAUGGAAAAAAGAAAUAUGUUGAUGGUUGAAGGAAUGAAGUCGCUGAAGAGCCUGCUGCUGUCGUUCGACACGGGGUCGGGUACGAUCUACGACCUGCGGCACCUGACAGUGGGCAGUGCACCGAAGAUCGCGCGAUGGGACUACCACGCAACACAUGUCAAUCAGCUGCUGCUGCUGGCCACCCUCGACCAAGAUCCGCUAUUCGCCACCACGGCCGGCCGCUGGGUUGGCUACAUGAACGGCAAACGUGCACCGCACAACUGAGCCUCGCUUCACCUAAAUCUGGCAACAUCGCAUCGUCGCCUCUGUUUGCACCAGUAGAAAGCAUCAAGGCCUAUUGCGAACUGUACCAGGUUGUAUCGGCUGUAGCAAUUUUCGCUACUCUGACAUGGAUGGUGGGCAUGGAUGAUGGAUGUAUCACAUGCUUCUUCUAAAUAUAUCGCAACAUCGCAUUGUGGGCUCAGUUGGCCUCAGUGUCAAGGCCUAUUGUGAACUGCAGCGUAUUGUAUCGUAGUCAUUUUCGCUAUUCCCACAUGGACCAAGUGACCAAAUAGCGUUUCCAGUUCGGUGGACAUGGCUUGAGAUGACAGUAACAUUCGAAACUUACACCCUCACUUAAACCCUUGACCAAUCUACAAAUUACAUGCAAGUAAUGCAUGCGAUAAGAAGAAGGCAGCUAUAUUGAAAGGCCUCUUUAAAUAAAAAAUGACACUUGCUUAUAUCAUUAUGAUAUCAUAACAUAAUAUGACAUUGCUCUGAUCUAGAGUAUGGGUUGAAGUAACUUUUAUAAAUAUGACACAUAGUAUUUCACCCUAUCCGAAAACACACAACAUUUUUAAUUACAGUAUACUUCUUCGAAUAUAUUAUUCCAUUCAAGGAUACCUGAUAAGUUACGCAUGUUCAGUGGGACCUAUUGGCCCAAUGUCAUAAUCAUAUCAUUUAGGAGAAAAUUUAAAUAUUAAUUUGUUGAUACAGAACUACCAAAAAGCAUUUAGAUUUGGAUGAAUCACUAAAUACUCGCCGAAAAUCAAGUACAUAUCCAUUUAGGACUAAUCCAAAAUUCUCUUCCUCUUAAAUUAUUUUUUAGUAUACCGGUUGUACUAUUAGAUGUAUGUACCGCACAACCGACGUCAAUACCUCAUCUCCAAUUAAUUAUUUAUGCCUACUGUAAUUGUAUACAGGGUACAAUUUAUUCAUGUGGUGUAAACAAAUAAUGAAGGAUUGAUGAAUUAUAAUGAUUAUCAAAUGAAAUUAAUGUUCAGAAUACUUUCUCUAAGCUAUAAAAAAGCUUUUCAAAAUCAAAUCAAGAUUAGUAUCAUUCUCCAUCAACUAGAAAAAUUGGUAAUUGUUGAAACGAUUACGUUAUUCAUAAUAUAUAAAUAAAGUUGUCAUGGCAUUCGAUCCUCCUAAACUACCAGUAUUUGUAUGAGGCAGAAGAACAAAAGGCCCAUAAACAACUGUUAAUCACGUGUACAUUGUAAGAAGACUGAUCGUUUAUUAUUAGGACUAUCUUGUAGAAUAUACAAUGGAGCCAGGGCUUGUGUUAUAAUGUCGAUGAAGAAAAAAUAUUUUUGUAAUUUAUGAUAACCAUGUAUUUUAUUAAUAUAGUUAUUUACUAAUACUUGAACCAUUAUCUGAGAUUGUCUAGUUUUAUUUAUAAUCAAAUAAUAUAAUAAUGGUAUUAUUCUAGUCAUUUCUUGAAAGCACUUUGUUUAGGAAAUAGAAUUGUGUGGGUGAUAAUCUAUUCAUUCCAGAUAUUAACGUGGAAAUCGUAUUAAUUCAAUUGUCACACAUAAAUAUUGUCAAUAUUAGCAUUUUAUUUAUUAGAAUCAAACAUUUAUUAUACAAGGUGAAAUUUCAUGCAGUAUGCAGAGAUGCAUUUUUUGAUGCGCAAAUGAUUUUUGGGAUCACGAUUUUACUAAUUCAACUUAAGUCAAUUUAAAAACAUAUCUUCCAAUUCAUGAGUUGAUUGGCGCUCAAAUCCCAAUAGUAAGGACACAACACAAGAUAACAUUUUAUUUUAAACAAAUGAUUUCGAAUUUCAUCUUCCAUGCCAUCAAUCGAAAUUUUUUAUGUGAUCUACGGAUUGGGUAGGUUAAUUUCCUCUAUCAGGGAGAACGAAUUAAUAUUAAAAGCAAAUAUAUAUUUUUUAAAUAGUUACUUUCCACCUAUUAAUGAACUUUAAAUGAUCUCCUCAUGAUGAUUUAUAAUGAUUUGAUGAUUUAUAAACAUUUACUCUUUGAGGAUAAAACCAUACAGAAAUAAUAGCGUAAGUAGAUAUCCCAUGGUAUAGGACGUUUAUGUCGCAACUUCUACUGUUAUCUCAAGCCGAUAGCCCACGUAGUUCUUUCCCGUGAAGCUGUGUGACGCUCUUAGUCUCUCAUACUGUGCCGUUCAUACACUCUCACCCCAAUAAAACAGUAUAAAUCGACAGUAAUCGGCUUGAGAUAACAGUAAAAGUUGCGACAUAAACGUCCUAUACCAUGGGAUAUCUACUUACGCUAUUAUUUCUCUAUGAUAAAACUCACUAACUUAAUAAUUAUUUGUUGACCUUUUGCACUUUCAGCAUAACAUUAUAGUCGUUGGAUAUUGUCAACCAAUAUUAAGACUCCCUUCAAUAAGCAGAGCUCAUUCGAUGUUCACUAUUUUAGUUGUUGGAUUAUCCUCUGCCUCACAUAAGAAUAAAAUGUUGGUGUCAUCCACUGGAAAUAGUUCAAUCCUUGAAGUACUGAAAGCUUUGAAGCUCUUGUAAACAAAACUAGAAUAAUUAUUUAGUGUGACAUUUAACCUCUUAUACUGCUCAAUAAUAUUGAGCUUCUGUGGCCACUUAAGAAUAUAAGAAAUAAACUAAAACUUAUUAUUCCUGUUUAAUGGAGUAAGUUAUAUUUCAUUCGAAACUGAAUAUUGUAAAUACUUAUUUUGUAGAUAAAUAACUAGGGAAUGGUUGUUCUAUGGACUGUGAAUAGGAUAUUCCUAUACCCUGGCUCCAGUAUAGUGUUAUGUACUUGGAGAAAAUUGUGCAUGAUCACAUAGAACUUAGGUGGACCAAUAGCCUCUUGUCGAUUUUAGAGAAAAUAUAUUCUGUACAGAGAAAAAUAUGAAAAGUGAUGAAGGUUUAAGAAUUUUAAUUUACUUUAAUUUUCAAUCAAAAAUUGUAACUUCAGAAUUUUGCUCAUGCAUUCCUAUUUCAUUAUUGUUGUUUAUUUCCUUUCACGUAGCUUCUUACUCGCCAAUAUACGCUUACAUCGUAGGAAAAUGUUCAAUCUCAAACUAAUUAUGUUCUGCAAGAUUAAAAAGUCGCGCUCUUCAACUUAAUUACAUUUAUAUAUCUCUAGUAUUAUUUUAUAUUUUCAGGUUGAAUAUUUUUGCAUUUUAUUUUCGUAAUUUUAAUCAAUUUCGUUGCAGCUAUUAUUUCUUAAAUUGGUAACAUGAUACUUUUCAAUAAAUUUCAAAAAGGUUUCUCAUAGGUGGGCCUUAAAACAUUAAGGUCCAAAAACAUGGAAUUUCUUUGAGAGUCGUAUACGAGAAUUAUGAGAAGAAUGGCAUACCAUUGUCAAUGUUUGUAAUGUCACUGGUUAUCCAAAUAAAGCAUCCCCAAUUCGUUUCUCGUAUUAUUUUUUCAAUCUGAUAAAAUUUACAUUAUUUGAAUAAAUUCGUCGAUAUUUACCUCAUGAAUAUGACAAUUCAAAAGCAUUCAUCCAUUCUACAACGACGUGGUUUUUUAAUUGAGUUUAAUGUAUAAUUAAUUUUAAUAAUAUUGGCUAUCAGUACUUAUUGUACUUAUGUUUAGAAUUCUGAUUAUUAUCUUUGUAAAAGUGUUUUGAAUCUGAUACAGGAAAUACAUUAUACAUAAUUGUGGUUUCAAAUUACAUAAUUAUUGUCUUAUUCAUGUCAAGACAACAUUUCAACAUCGCUGUUUAUUUUACAGUUUGCCUUGUACUUAAUAUAUUAUUUGAAUUGUGAUGAAUAAAAUGUUUAUUUAAAAGUUA